AUGCGUCCCCACUUCGCUGUUGUGCUGCUUGCUGUGUCCUUGGUCGCUGCAAUGGACAAGGCUGAACGACUUCGCGAACCUAGCUCACCACCCAAUCGGAAGAGCGGCGACGACUCUGCUCAAGGGCAUGUACGAGGGGCUCUCACCACUGAUGAAGAAAGAGGGGCUAAUACGCUGUUUCUGAAUGCGGCCGCAAGUCAAGUCCCUCAUCUAAGGGAACGCGGGCAACUUGGUGCGUGGUUUCAGCCGCAGGAAGCCGUCAAAGAGACGACGGGCGACCAUGAACUCAUCCGUUUAUGGGACAACUAUGCAAAGUACAAUGCACAAGACAAUGUUGAUUCGUUCGCCAAUGUGGCGAGUACUUUUGGCGCUUUGGGUUCACCGUCGAUGAUCGCAAAGUGGAAGAGUGGUUCCAAGCGUGCGCAAAUUGCUGCUGUCAUCAUGGAGGAGAGGCUGAAGAACAUGCAGCAAGCUCAAGAAGUGCAACGUGACGUGGCCCGGGGGGCGAAGCUGGUAACGUACAAGCCGCCAUUCAUUGAAGAGUCAAACAACCCGAGAAAGCGAAAGAGCGAGUCCGACGACAAUCCGAGAAAGCACAGGCGUGGGUCCGACGAGUAG